AUGAACGGCACAACUGUGUACCUCGGAGAUGAAAACGUUUACUUUAACAAAGACUUGCUGAACGAAUCGGGAACAAGAUUUUAUGAGAAGAUCGCGCGAGAGAGCGAAGUCCCUGUGAUAAAGCAGUUAUCCCUUGAAGGGAAUCAUGAAAAAUUAAGGCCAUCGAGAAGAAAACCAGCACGUUAUCCGUUCACUAAUUCAGACGCGGGCGUGGUUCGACGACUGUUGUGUAUAAUUGUUGCUGUUGUUGCGGUAUUAAUUCUGAUCGCUGCUGCCACAUUAACGCUAGCUGCACUGGUGAUGUUUCACACUCCUAUGUCUGAUUCAGCAGAUUUUACCUCACUACAAGGUAAGUGGUUUGUUCAGUAAAUCAGUGUAGGUAAAUUAGGUUCCAGAAAAAAGCCAGAUGAUGAGGGAAGAAUAGGGCGCGACUUGUAUUUUAACCUGUUUCAUCCCCUCCCCUUUUGCCCCUUCUUUGCGCUGCGCCUGCCGUGCAUGCUAACUCAAAACAAAAAAUGAAACAGUAUCAAAACUGAUCAUCAUAACUUUAUUAAUUUUACACUACCAUACUUUUUUUUACGAUUGAUGACCCAAUAGUAACAUAUUUUCGAACAUACUGCAAACAGAGGGUCUGAAAAGCUUUUGUAUGAUCUUUAACAACCUUUUGAAUCCUACGGUUAAUUUAUUAAUUUUUCGAUGCCACAAAAGUAAGAAGAAUGUGACAAUAUGAAAAAUGUGUCCUGAAGUGUUAAAAAAAGCUCAGACUUACUGUGUUCAUUUAAUACUACCGUGUUUUGAUAAAACCCCACGAUGUAUCAAAAGUCAUCGACAGUUAACGAAAUUAGGGCAAAAGUUCAAAUAAUAUACACUUACUAUCUGUUAAUGCACUUCCUAUAAAAAUGUUGUACUUCUAAUCAGAAAAGCACUUGAAACAUAAAGGCAAACCACGAAAAUUAGAAGUAAGUGUAAAACACAAACCUAUUGCUUAUUUGCCGAUAUCGUAGGGAUUUUUUACCUAAUUGACCAAAGUUAUACCUUGGAAUUGAAUUAUUUCAAAGUUGACCAAACGCAUACAAUAUUUCGUGAUGAAGAAAGAACCAAUAAAAAGGGUUAAUAGGGCAAAGAUAUCGCUUAAAAGAAUCAUCCACCAAUUUACCUACAAACUGAUAUACUGAUAAAAUGGUCCUUUCUAGAAUAAGCCGACGUUGUUAUAAUUAUCUUCAUCAUAUAAGGUCUCAUUAAGGAGAAGUAUGACGUUAGAAAGGUAUGACGAAAUUAACCACCAACAAACUUCUGCGGAAGUUCGAUAUACUUGGUAUUGUUUGUACUUAGUAUUUAUAAGGGUGAUUUGCUAUAGGACAACAAUACGUCUUUAUGAUCAGCAAUAUUAAAUACGAUCACAUAAUGAAUAUUACAAACGGAUAACUGCUGAAUGCGGUGUACAAUUAGUCAAGAGAAGGAUUAAAAAUGGAUUUAAUUUGAUUAAUUUUUUUUUUACAAUUUGUCACACUGGUGUUUUAAGGAUAAGCUCUGCAAGCGUUUUUUUUUUCCACAGUCUUUGAAGUUCUCCACAUUGGCAGCUGCUUGGCGAAAAAAAGGGAAUAACCUGUCUUUCCUUACAAUUUUCGUAUAACCAGUCAAAGUCGCAUCACUCCUUUAAUCUUCAGUCCCCAAACUAAGAAGCGUAUCUUUCUUAAUCUGAUCACGAGUAAAAUAAGGCACUGCAUGCUUUCGAAUUUAAUUUAAAAAGUUGCUUAAAAGGCAGAAAUGAAAGAAAAUGUCGAGUUUUUUCCCGUGUUUAUCGUAAAAAUGUAGAAAGUGAUUUCUCAGUCUUGCUUUACCUAAUACCUGAUUUGGGUUUUUACACUGUAUAUUUAUUUGAAGUUCGUGAUCUCCAAUUAAACUGGAUAUUUCUGCCUACUCUUAUCGCGACCCGUAAAUCAAAUCGGAAAUUGCGAGAGAUUUGUGAGUGAUUUUGGUUAAUCAUCAUUUAUUGCUGUCUUAUUUUUUGAUCGUUAUUUUGUAAAUAAACAUCUCUGCCUCGAACGCUGUGAUAUGUUUGUCACCGUCUUCUAUCACAUUAUCACAAAUUCAGUCGUGUGUAACUUUAAAUCCAUGAAAGGUUACUCUCCGUGAGUCAUCCGAGAGACGCGUUGAGAGGGUCGAUGAGUUACGUGACUGAAUUUCGCAAAGGAGUAUACCCGCAUAUGAGACCUUGUUGAUUGAGUGGCUACAAUUGUAUUGCUCUCUAAAAUAAAUAAUAUAUCCUCACAUAAAAACUGGAUUGCCUUCACAGCACCAUAUCAAAUAAAACCUAAUUUAAUCCGAGAUCCAUUCCUAGGAACCAGGCCAUUUGUCGGAGCCCCAGUAGCUGAUUUCAAUGCAUUCAGGUUUUCCUUUCGGAAAGGACACGUGGCGGCCGCAAUAAUUCCUGACAAGGCGCGUGCUGUCGCUAAGUGGGUGGUUAGGUGAGCUUGUUUACCCUAAAACUUCUUCUUUUCGCCACACGAAUUUACUUUGCUAAAGUUAGAAAGUGGAGUUUUGCAAUAUGAGAUACUCUGAUUUUAUCAACCGACCAGCCACGUAAUUGCACCUAGUCCCGUAGUGCUAUAUAUAUUAUAUUACAACCGUAGGUUUGCAAGAUGUUCAAAAAAAAAACCGACCUCCGCUUGUGAAUGACCUCCACUUUAAAGCACGAUUUACUGCAACACGGCACCAACAAUUUGUAGGUGACUGACUGUGGCCAUUUUUGGCAAUCGACAGUGACUUUUUGUUUAGUUCAAUUAUUAUCACAAACAAGACAAAGAUCAUUUAUUGUGAAAUAAAACAGCUGCUCGCAAGAAGGUUUGUUCUCGCUGAAUAGGAUGGUAAACUUUGAAACUUUUAAAUUGAAACCUGCAAGUGCACGCGCACUUGGCCAAUAACGGAAUUUCUACAACUAACGUUGCCGAUAUACAGGUCCAACACAAAACCCACUGCACUCAGUCGAAAAAAUUUCACUGACCCCAUAUAAGUGGAAAGCAUCCUCGAUCGAUGCAAACAGUGUAAAAACCGUAGCAUUUUUUUGAUUCCAUUCUGUUCUAGUCUGUUAUACCAAAUCUACCCCUCUGAUUAUUGAGGGCCUCUCGGAGGUUUGGGUGGGGGGAAGGGAACAUGACCAGGGGAACAAAAGCUUUGAUGGAACAAGGGAACUAUUGACUAUUGGAACUAUAUUUUUGGUGUUUGUCGCAGUUAGUUGCGGUGUCGUCUGCAGUGAAGCCUGUAUCAUGUCAAAUAUGGAAAUUGUCAACUACAAUGUCCAUGUCCAUGGUGCAGCAUUUAGACAUUUGACAAUUUCCAUAUUUGGCAUAAUGCAAAAUAUAGAAAUUUUGAUAUUUGGCAAUUUCCAUAUUUGGCUUGAUGCAAAAUAUAGAAAUUUUGUUAUUUGCCAUAUUUUAUAAUCAAGAAAUUUUCGUAUUUGACUGUGUUUGCCCCAAUUUUUUUAUCUCUUUCUUAAAUUUAAAAUACUUACAUAUAAUUCAACAGUUGAUUCCCGUUCAUUAAGGAAGGUACAUCCUGGGAUGCUUUCAAUUAACAUUUCACCAGCAUAAUUAUUUGUUCGUUUUCUCUAUUUUUGAUCCUCCUGGUGAAUAACAAACUUUCAGCUGAACUGGAAGAAAUGAAGAAAACUUUUUCUCAGAUCGCCAGUGAUUCAGAGGUAAGUUGCAAAACAACUGGUAACAAAAAAUAAGCAAGGCUGACUGUACAGGCUAGCUAUGAGAUAAUAUUUUCUUUCAACAAAUCCUCAGGUACGGCCUGACUUCUUCAGGGAAUGACAAGCUUUUCUUGGCUUUUUAAAUUAUAACGGCCUUCUUAGUACGCCACAUUUCCUGAAGAAGUCAGGCCGUGCCUGACGAAAUAUUAACGGAAGGAAAUAUAAUCUUGUAGCUGUAAAGUCAGCUUUGCUUUCUUUUAAUUGUAUAUAUGCUGACAAUGAAACAUUCUGCUGACUGAAUCUAUCAGAAUCCGCCACCUUUUUUGGUGGGAAAGUUGAUGGGUUAGUUGAUAAGUAGGUUAUUUGAUUGACAAAGCGGUGGGUUUUGUGAUUGGUUUGUGUUUUCCUGGGUUACCUUCAUGACGAGAAAGUUGGCUUACUCAUUGCUUAGUUUCCUGGAUUAGCACAUUCGUUGUCUGCUUGGUGGCCAUGGGCUACACAUGGCUAGCUGUUGUACUGGUCGGCCCUUUCGUAGCUAAGUUGGUUGGUAGGUUAGUUAGCUGGUUGAUUAGUAUUUAGAUAGAUUGGUAAACUGGUUUGCUGCCUUCAUAGGCGACUCAGAUUAGCGUUAGUUAGCUGUUAAUUUAGAUGGUAAAUUGGUCUUUUCGUUGGUUAGUAUGUCAGUUGGGUUGUUCGUCGAUCGGCGAAUGAAGGGGUCAGUUUCAAAAAGAAAUUAUGAUCGGUGCUUAGAGGAGUAAAACACAAGGAUUUGGUUCUAAAGGAGAAGUAACCAAGGAUAUUGACACGAACUAGACUUGUUAGCCUAACGGUUUUUCAAAGUUCACUUCUACUCAGUUGUAAUUUAUAACGCUGGAUGUACAAGGGGUCUCUCAUUACCAUAAAAGAAUCAGAACUAUACUUUUUCUUUCCUUAGGUAAAUAUACAAGCACUCCUGCAAGAAGCGAACGUAAAGGAACAGGACUUGAAAAAUCUUGGUCAAGAGGUAAUUAUUAAGCAAAAGGAAACUUACAGUGAGUUCGACUAGGGGAAUCUCAACCAAACCCAAAAUCCAAAGAUGGUUUUUGCCAAACAGAAAUCCACCUGCUAGAUGGAUGCUAAUGAACAGAUCCAGAAACGAAAUCGGCUUUUUGGAUUUUGUAUUUGAGUCAGUCAUUAAUCCUUCUUCCUAGACGAAUUUCCCAGUUAAUAGGCCCUUUCCAGCUAUAGUCAUUUAUGUUGCACAAAAUCGCCAUGCUGGAGAGUAGGAGACACAUGGAAGAAGACAAACAAAGGAAAUUUUCAUUUAAUAUGAUAUAAGCCCUUUGUUUGUCUUCUCCCAGUACGUCUGUUUUAUGCCCUCCAGCAUUACCUAGUUUUAAAUCAAGAUGGGCCGGGUAUGAGUGGGUUUAUUAUGGGAUAAACAACACGAUUCCCAAAUAGUCAGGAAGAGCACAUUAAAAUUAGCAACAUUCUCAAGUAUGGUGUUUAUCGAGCCUUUAUUGAACGAGAUACAACGAUUCAAAAACCCCAAAAUUUACUAAGAAAUAUAUAGACGUCCGGAAGAUGAGUCCGGCAAUCCAAAAAUCUCAAAUUUUCAAGCUUCCAAAAAGCCGAAUCUUGUUCAAUACUGGCCCGAUCGACACCAAACGUCAGAUUCUUCAUAACCUCGAUGUGCUUGUUCUUACUAUGUGGGUCUCGUGAUGUUAUCCCAUAAUAAACCGAAUUUGUACCCAGCCCCUCUUGAUUUGAAACUAGGCAAUGGAGGUUUUGUACCACGUGAAUGACUAGCUAGCAAAGGGCAUUUUUUAUACAAUGUAGCGUUGUUACUACAUCAGUGAUAUUUUACUACAUGGAAAUCUUACGCGAAAAAAAAAAUAAUGGAGCAAUAAUAUUGGUAUGCAUGCUGACAAAGCAAUAAAAAGAAGCGUGAAAUAUUAAAAAGCAUUUUUUUAAUUGUUGUUCUAGGAAAAUAUAACGCUGCUUUACCAAAUGACAGAAGCCAACAUACAAGACAUUGUCCAGUUACAUCAAAAGGUAAAUGAUGGUUACACGCAAGCCUUUAUAGUAAAUUAAAUUUUACUACUUUUACUUCUUUCAUUACACUCACCUAAGUACUAAACUCAUCAUCAGUGAUCAUCAUCAAUUAGCGGUUUUGCAGUGACGCGUCAUGCAGGAAAUCUUCCCUCCUCAUGCGAGCUGUGUAGCUUCUUUUUUGGUUGAAGUUUCCGUUUCCUUUAAGACUUGAUCCACCUUUUCUGGAUAUACUACGUGCUUUAAAACCAGACGAACGUAGCUGGCACGCUCUAAGAGCUGGUUAUUGAUUCCCGCCAAGGCAAGGUACCACUCCAAACACUUCUCUAAAUAUUUUGCAUGUUCGUGAUCAUGACCCACUGUGCUGUAGCAGCUGUUUUCAAAGUUAUCUGGAUACGUGUGGACGAGGCCUUACUUGAUUUCCUCGUUUUAGUUAAUGAACACAAGUACAGCACCAGGCCCCGGCGGGCCUGCCGGACCUCGUGGGACUCCGGGAUACAACGGUACCCAAGGACCUCCUGGUAUCGCAGGGCCACCAGGGUCUCCUGGAGCAGGGAAUCUGUCAUUUUGUUCUUACAAGCAACUAAGAAGUUCUUCUUCUUCUCGGGAAGUGGUCAACGCAACUGAAAAGAAGGUACGGACCUAAAUGUUUAUGUCGGAAACGAUCUUUAGAUUAACUUGCUUUGGUGGUGCCCGUGACUGAAACCAAAGGAAUGCUCCACCACAAAGAUCUAGGAGACUCGUGCGGUGGGCAUUAGACUUGCAAGAUUCAUCUGAUAAACAUCUAGUCUAGUAACCAGCAGGACAUAUGUUCGAGGCGUCCUUGAAGGUCCCGUAUUUCCUUUUUUCCAAGACACCUGUGUUACUGACUGAAAAAAAGAAAACAUCAUCCUCGUCUCAAGAAUUCGCCAGCUUUAAAAUUCAUCAUCACGAUUAUAUCAUCGCAAAUUCCUGGUCCGUACGUCCUAACAAAAGGCAGGAUGUUUGCCACAUUAACCACUAGUUUUAUUCCUUGAUUCAUCAUGUCAACUCGCCUGUAGCUCAGUGGUAGAGUUUCUAGAAAGUCAUAGGUUGGGCAACGCCUUCAAGUAAAACUCAGACUGACUUUUUCAGAGAUACCUAUUUCUUUAGAGUGAUUUUACUUGACCCGUGAAACAGAUAAUAACAACUAGCGCAAAAUAGCUACAUGCAAACAAAAGAAGACAAUGGAAUAAGUGCCGAUAAUAGUGCGUAACAAUCUACUACCUCUUUUUCAGGUAAAGUAGAAUCACUCUAUUUUGGUGUAUUAUAUGACACCGAAAAAGUUUAUAUCACGCUGUCAGCUCAGUCUUUAUAUACCUUCACUAUAAUUUAUUUUCGUUGAGUACAGGUUGAUUUUCGAUGGUAACCACCCUCUGUAAGUCUUGUCCUGCUAGCGUAUGAUCAUCACCCAGAAAGAGAAAUACCACAUUCGUAAAGGGACUCAAUUUAACCAGCAUCAUCUUGUUCCUUGGCAGGGUCAGAAAUUCAUUGGUGUGAACUGUGGAACGAAUGAUGCAUCCGUUAAGGUUGUAGAGCUCACAAGCACCGCCACUCCAGAUGGUCUCAGAGAAUACCAGUGCAACUGUAAAAAUGUUACUACUAGUGGAGCCCAUUGUUGCAUUCACUACUCGGAAUGCCCAGUGUGA